GAAGAUACUUAGGCGGAAGUAGUUUUCUAUUAGCUGUUAGCUAUUAGCUACGAUCUCUCGCUAGCUAGCUGCUCUUCUUCUAACUCACCUGUGGUUCUGUGACCGGAUUGUUUUGUCCUGUGACAGCUUACGGAAAUGAAGAAGUUUUUCGAAGACAUUAAGAAAGAUAUGAAGUUUAAAUCUGCGGGUCCUGGAAAGAAAUUAACGGAAGCCAGCAGCUCAAAGGCCGAGGUGGUGCAGAGCAGCUCCGGUUCCAAACAGAACCGCAAUGCUCCCAGCGAAGGGGCCCAGAGAGCCGGAGCAGCAGCUCUGGCCCGGAUAGAGCAGCACCCCCGACCGAAGGUCCACACGUCUCAGGACGCCAUCCGGAACCAGGUGAAGAGGGAACUGGAGACUGCGGCGCUGGCUGAUAAAGAAAGGUCCAUCCCAGAGGAGGAAUCCAAAGUGGUGGAGAAAGAUCUCUCCUGCUUGUCAGUGUCAGGUGUUUAUUUCACCUGUCCCCUAACUGGAGCCACUUUGACUAAGAGUGAGAGGGAAGUUCACAUCAAAGAGGCCAUCUUAAUGCGGUUUGAGGAGGACGCUGUGGAGGCGUCUGUCAUGAUGGUCCACACGUUCAACAAAGACAGAGAGAAGGUCAAGGCCGCUGUGGACAUCAUGAGCAAAUAUAUUGAGAAUAUAUGUAAGAAUCCCACAGAGGAGAAAUACAGGAAGAUUAAACUCAGCAACAAGGUGUACCAAGAGAAGGUCUGCUGUGUCGAUGGCUGCAGAGAGUUCCUGGAGGCCCUGGGCUUCACAAGCAUUCUGCUUCCUGUAGAGGGUCAAGAGGAGGAAGAGGAGUUCCUGGUCCUACUGGAGCACGGCCCCGAUGCCCUGGAGCUCAUGAUGGAGCGGAGGGACCGUCUGCAGAGAGGAGAGCCGGUCAGAGCUCAGCUGGACCGGCAGCCUCAGGCCUUCAGACCGUCCCCCCACGGGCAGCGAUUCGAGCUGCCGCCCGACUUCUACAAGCUGAGCGCAGAGGAGCUGAAGAGGGAGCAGCAGCAGAGGAGCGAGUUGGUGGAGAAGAACGCCAUGAUGCGCACUAAAGCCAUGAGGGAGAAGGAGGAGCAGAGGGAGAGAAGGAAGUACAACUACACUCUGCUCCGGAUCAGGUUCCCUGAUGGAAGUCUGCUGCAAGGGACCUUCUACGCGUGGGACCGGCUCCCCGUGCUCUUCUCCUUUGUUCGGGACUCUUUGGUGGACGGCUGGCAGCCCUUUGAGCUCCUGGCUCCUGGAGGUCAGAAGCUCACAGAGUCUGAAGAAGUGGCCCUCGCAGAGUGUAACUUGGUUCCCGCGGCGCUGCUCACGUUCUGCUGGGAUGCAGCUGUGCAGGCGGAUGUAACCGCUGCAGGGGGGGCCAGCUCAGAAAUCCUCAAAGCAGAGCUGCUGGAGACCAUUCGGACCCUGAGCUGAGCUCUGGUUCUGUCCUUCAGCCCGAGACGAGGAGCCGCUGUAGAGAACUCAAAAGCUCACACAUGGUUCGACUUUCUUUCUUUUUGUUGUUGAGGCUCAAGUUGAAACAGAGUUUAGCUUCAAUAAAUAAGAAUGCGAUGCAUUUGUAUUGGAUACGAGCACAGAUGGAAUCAUAAGGGGGGGGGGGUCCAGAAAGGAGGUUCGACAAACUGAGUCUGUCCCUGAGAUGGAAAACAGCUGUUUAGAGUCGUUCAAUCAACUCGGAGUAGUUUGACUCAGAGUUGAGCGCGUGCGCUUAAAGCAGCAUGAAUGGAGCCAUGAUACGAGUGACCAUGGCAACCACCACCAACAAUACGUCCCCCCUGUUGAGGUGUAAAUAUUAAUGCAAGCGUACGGAGUAUGAACCGGGAUUAGAAACAAGGCUUAAUAUUUAAUGUACAAACUAAUCAUAAAACACAUGUGACUAAUUCACUGUGUUAGAACGCACUACACAGAAUUCCAUUUAAGUGUUAGCUGUGUGACGAGGAUUGUACCACCUGAAGAUCACUUUGGAGCUUCUUUCAAAGUGAAAAGCCAGAGUUCUAAAAUGUAGAACAACGUCAUCCUAUAAAUCACAUUAAGAAUCAUCGAGUCUUGGAUUUGCAUCAAACACAUUUCCUUGAGAUAAAAUGUUCUGCAUUUAAAACAGGAGAAAGUUUAACAUGCUGAUUUAUGGCUUCAAAUUUAAACACUUUAAUUUACCUCAAACGCUAAUUGUGCUUAAUGUUUAGUUUCUCUAUAUGAAUCUAUAGAAGGUGAAAGUAUAGUUGGUUAAAGCAACAACAUCCUACCUCUCAUGCGUGUGAAUGAACACAUUUUACAGACGUGGCAGAAAUUGAUCGAAAUUCUUUUUAAUUGAUUAACGACUGUACUGACGAAGUCCUAAACGAAGUCUAGUACUGGUUACCAAUAAGGCGGAUAGGUUCAGACGUGCGCCCGGUGCGCUCGCACACAGCAAAAACGGAGAGUUCCCCUGUUGUUCCAAUCAAUUUGUAUGUUUAUUUUACAUGCAAAUUUAUAUAGCGGCAAACUUUGCUCAUUAUACAUUUACCCCAAAAUAACAAACCGUAUUGCUCCACAAAGGCACAUACGCACACUGGCACAGUCGAAAACUGUUUGCUUCCCAAAUUGGCAACACCUGUGUCUGGGAUGCCUGCAGGUUAAAUGGCCUACCUGGGCUGAUCUGAGGUCAGCUGAGCCACAAAGCACAUACAGCCCCUAGUGGCACAGAGCAAAAUUAAAUUAAAUAGUACCAAAUGAAUAUGGCUCCUACACUCCAGCCCCUAAUUGCGUCUGCCAGAGCAAUUACCACAAAUCAAAAGAGCCAUGAACAAAACACAAAAAAAAUGGUUACCAAUAGAACCAAUUACUCUUUAAUUUCAUUAAGCAAGCAGAUUUUGGUUAUGGGUCGUUCAAUGAUGUUUGUCUUGGUCUUCAAACGAACCACACGUACCAGACCCCUCUUAUCAGGGAAGGUUUCCAGGACUCUUCCUAGCAUCCAUGAUCCACGUGGUGCUGUGGAGUCCACAACCAUGACCAGGUCUCCAGGAAGAAAACUCCUCUUUUCCUGGUUCCAUUUUUGACGCUCCUGUAAAAGCGGUAAAUAUUCGCGGAUCCACCUUUUCCAAAAGAGAUCCGAGAUGUACUGUGUUUGUUUCCACCUUCUCCUUGCGUAAACAUCCUCUUUGUCGAACAGUCCUGGUGGGAGAACUGGUUUCCCUUUGAGGAGUAGCAAAUGGUUCGGCGUCAACGCCUCAAUGUCGUUGGGGUCUUCUGACA